CUCUUCGACCCCCUUAUCCCACCAUCCCCCCUCGCUCAGCGUCGAUGCCAUCCGUGGUGUCGUUCGUGCAUGUUUCUUGAUCGACGUCAGGGUGGAGACCUCAGCAGCUAUACUACCGCCACCCUUCGACAUAAUCUUGCUGCCUUCCUCCCGCGUCAGCCAACUGCGUUGGUGCGUCUUGCUCCGGACCGCCUGCAUACGACCUAGUCAUUUCAUGCGCGAUGGAUGACCGUUGACAAUCCCCUAAAGUCGCCCGUCACUCUUGUCGCCUCUGCCUGAAACAUCUGUCAUUCCCCACGCUGUGCUCGUCACCGACGGCUUCCCGCCAUGGAGCCCGAGGACGAGGCUCCUCCUCCGCCGUACUCCGCCGUCGACCCGUUGGUCUCGUCGGCCAACAAUAACAACUCCAACAACAACCCCAACAUUCGGAUUGCCGCCGCUCACUCGGAGGUGAAUCGUGUCCGCCUUCGUCUUCGCGGGGGAGACGCUCCCCUCUCAGAUACCGCAUCAAGUGAUGGCUCCAGUUCCGCACUGGCGCUUACAGCUCCCUCUCCGCUAUUACCUGUGAAUUUCACCUCCGCCGCCGCUUACUUCGUCGACCGGCCACCACCCGCCUCUGACGAUGGAAGGCCUGUCCAAGAACAUCAAAUAACGAUCUACCCUCGAAGUCAAUCGAAAGAUUUUCCCCGUCGCCCCCGAUGUUGGGGAGCCCGACCGGAGGACAUCACCCAGCAGGACUGGGACAUGUUCCUCCGACACUUGUUCCCCCCGCACCUGGGACUGGCGUCUUCCUCCGGUCAGCUACCACGCCAAGUGAGGGCCGAAAUUCAGCGAGACCGCAAGGACCGACCGCAAGAGACGGACGAACAGCGGCGGAUGCGAAUCGCGGCGGUGAUCACAGAAUGGAACCAAUACUUUUUCGAACUCCGGGCCACCCGCAUCGUAUUUGCCUACGUGACAAACCCUCAAAAUGCCCCUCCCUCGCCUCUGUGCCCUAGAUGCUACCCCGCAGCCACAAGGGUUUCGCAGGAAAACCGGUUGAUCCAAGGUCCCGAGGCCGGUCGCGGCCGUCUUGCCCGGCCCAGCUUGCCGCCGGCUGCUGCGCGGCAACAGGUUGUGUCGUCGCAGACUGGCCAGCACUACCCUCCGACACCCGUCUAUAACUACCCGAAUCCGCCCAUGAGCCAGCCCCCGUAUAGCCCGUACGGUGCACAGCCCUACUUUAACACUCCCGCUCCUCAACCGCCUCGUGCCUAUCCCUACCCCCCGCCGCAGGCUCCAUUGCCUUAUCAGCAGCAAUAUCAGUGGGGGUAUAAUGGUCGACCUUAUGCCCCAAUGCCGCAAGAUUCCGGCUCCAAAGGCGGGGCGUUUGGAUGGUUUGCUUCCCUGGCGUCCCAGGCGCAAAAGUAUGGCGAACGUAUCACGGAACAGGCCCAGCAGUACGGGGAUCAGAUCAGUGCCCAUGCCCAGCAUUACGGCCGGCAGGUCGAGGAGCAAGCCAUGGCUCAUGGACGUUGGUUUGAAGAACAGGCGGGCUUGUCUGGUCAAAAGCCGGAUGAUCGGUACAAUGGUAGCAUGGUCCAUCGGCCCCGUGGCGGUGCCGGCGAGUGGGCUGCCGCGGAUCCCCGCACGCAGGCUGCGUAUUAUCCGAACACCGGCUAUGUCUAUCCCUACAGCACCGUGAGCAGUCCGGCCGAGCCGGUUGCCGCACCCGCACUUCCGCAACGUCCUCGGCGGGUAUCGACUUGCUCUACCUCGUCGGACUCGUCCUUGACAUCCAUCGAUUCCCUGUCGACCACGUCGGAACUGAGUUCGUCCGACCUUGCGACAGUCCGGGCACAGCUCCUUUCCCUCGAUGACCACCACGAUCGGGACCUACACGAAGCCGCUGUCGGCCUUCGCCGGCAGCUUGCCGUUCUCCAGGACUCUCGCCGCCAGACGCGCCAGUCUGGACGGGGCCAUUGGCGCAAUGGCUGGGGUCAGCAAGCGCAACAAGGCUACGGACGCGGCGGUUGGGGACGUUGGGAACCGCCGCAACAGCAUCAGCGCAGCUGGGCGGAGAAACGCGCUCUGAAGGAGGAGACGAAGGCGACCCGAAAGGCGUUCCGGGAUGUGCUGCGUCGUGCCAGGGACGAACACCGCGAGCAAAGACGUCUCAAGCGCAAUCGAGUACGGCAGGAACAGCGAGUUCGACAGAUCGAAGCCCCUCCGUCCGAGCCUCCCCUGGAGCAGCGUUUGCAGAACCUGGAACUGAACCACACCAACCGCGAGAGUCGCUCCACAGUUCAAUCAUUCUGUCCGUCGCCCACCCGGUCGCUCGUGUCGGAGGUCAGUGAGAUCAGCUCUAUUAGCACGCCGAGCUCAGUAUCGUCCCGGCGCAGUAACAACCAGGCGCACUCUGGUAAACCAGAACCACCCGCCAGCAAAUCAGAUCCGAAAGGAACGGGCAAGAAACCGGACGAGGCGGAGAAACCGUCGGAUACGAGCAAGCCUAGCUCAUAACAAUCCGAAUCUGACAUUGCAGUGCGUCCAAGAUAAGUUGGAACCGAUCGACCAUAGAUUUCAAGAAUUCUUCUUAUGGAUAUGAUAAUAACGACAAACAUCAGCGGUGUUUUAUUGAUUGCGCGUGGAGAUUUCGUGGGAAGCCACCUUACUUUCUUUGUAUUAUGUUUGGUUAAUUGAGCCUACCAUCUUGCCGGAGCUGGUUGGGUUGGGUCGAAAGAUUUCAGGUUUUUUUUCUCUCUUUUUUCUUGUCAUUGGGGUUUUAAAAUCGCAUUGAGGAAGGAUACUGGCGAUCAAUGGGUUCAUGAGGUUAUGACUGUUAAUUUUUGAUUCUUUUUACUUCAUAUCUUGCACAAGUCCUGUCUAGAGACAUUUAUACAGAAUCUAUCCAUUCCAGA